CUAAAAAUGUAAAUAAAUAAAAGUGAUUGUUUUGAUGAAAGUUGUUCUGUGAAAAAUUGAGAAAAAUGGACGAAAAACCAGGACAAAAGGCACUGAUUGCAGUGAAAGAGUUAAAGAAGAGUGUUGUACCCUUUAAAGUUCCUAAAGUGCCUAAAGAGAAGGUUGAGAAAGCCAAAAUUCUCACAGAAGAACGAUAUGUUGAGGAAUUGGGCAAAAUAAUACAAAGGGACUUUUUCCCGGACUUGGAAAAGCUAAAAGCACAAAAUCAGUACCUGGAUGCCCUGGAGAAGAAUGAUACAGCCAAGUUGAGGGAAUUGUAUGAGAAAUACAGUGGCAGGAGACCCAAUCAAACAGGAUCCGAGAGUCCAGCCACCUUUGAGACACCUAUCAAUCGUCCAGAUAGCACACCACAGGUGAAUAGUAGUCGUCUAUCAACUCCCGGACCAAGUGGCUCAAUCCGGGAACGGAUGAACAGUGAAAAUGAUGAGAAGAUCACAGAAGGACAUAGUUUGGACUCAUUCCUGGACACAUAUACAAGUGAGGAUAAUCAGAGUUUUCACGAGAUCAUUGAGAAGGCCGAUCAGAAGUUGCGACAGAAGUUUGAGGUGCUGUACACGCAGGAGAAAGUGCAGGCGCUGGAAAUGGCCAAGAGGUUAGCUCUCCCCCCAAUUGAGGAUCAAUUCAAUGCGCAGGAGGAAGGGGUGAAGAAGGUGGAUAUGUGGACGUAUAAGAAUAAAAACUACAUUAUGUACGUUCCGGAUGGGGUUGAGCUCAGUAGGGAGGAGCAAAUUGAGAUGGCGCAGAAGAAGCAGGAAGUUGUGCAUGGGAAUACGCGACUCAGUGAAAAUCCUUUCAAUGAUCAACAGAGUCGUGAAGCAAUCACUCAAAUGGCUAAAAAUCAGCAACACGUACUCGAUGGGAAGGUAGAUGUGGAUGGGAAUAUCCUUUCCAAGGAAGCCACACCGCAAGUUCGGGGUUUUAGCUUCGUCCGGACCCCUUCUCCACAUCCGGGUGUCAAUGAGAGUCCCCUCAUGACUUGGGGAGAGAUUGAGGGGACCCCCUUUCGUCUAGACGGUGGUGAUACACCGCUUCAUCUCACAAACACUCCCGCCUUUCGUAUUGCCGAAACACCCCGUCGCGAGGCAAUUGCCCUGGAAUUGGCUGAACGAGCUGGCGAACGUCUCCGUGGGCAGAAGGCGCGUGCCAUUGAGGCGGCACGUCGGAACAUCGCCUCACCAUAUGGACGAUCAGCAAUGGAACGCUUGGCUAGUAUGUCCCCAGCUGCAAAACGUCUCGCAUCCUCACGCUUUGGCCUUACACCAUCUCCAGCGAGAAAGGGAACUCCGACGCCCAGAAUAUCGCAUCACAAGGCCACUCCAUCGCCGCUAAUUAGAAAAAAGACCCCUCGUCCAUCACCAAAAGCCUCCCAAUCAUCUUCCAAAUCACCCGAAGAGCAAAUUCUCACUGAUGAUCUGCUGAAUAUUCCCACAAAUAUUAAGAAGAGGACCAAAGCGGCGGAUUUCUUUUGAAAUAGAAAUGAAAUAUCUUUGUAUAAAGAGAAUGUAGAAAUUUAAUAUAAAAAAACCAGGUUUUAAAGAAAA